AUGUGGCUGACAAAUUAUUUUCUUCUCGUUUUUCUUCUCUUCAGAACUAUUCAUGGACUCGCCGAUGGAUCCGAGACCACUGUCAAGGAGUUUUUGAGCAAAGUGUCAGAUGAAAUUGCUACUAGAGAUGCUUCCCGGAUUGCUACACUAUUUUCCGAUGGGUUCUCGUUUCAAGGAUGCAAGGGAAAAUAUGACAAGGAAACCGCCACCAAAAUUCUAAGCAAACUCCCUGCUGGCACCCCAUUCUCCUUCACUCUUAAAUCAGCAAAGCCCCUCUCCGACGACAGAAUCAGUUAUAUUGUAUCUAUCAAUGGAUUCGGUGCUGCAUCAAUCGACGCGCUGUUCAUUCUCUGCGCAAAGACGUUAACAUUGGCUAGUGGAAGCAUUGUAUCCUGCCCUCCGAGGCAUUUCAGUGAUCAUGCUAAUCCCGAAGAAAUCGUCAAAACUUUCUUGGGAACUGUGACAAAGGCCCUUGAGUCGAAAGAUGCUUCCCGUAUUGCUACUCUAUUCUCCGAUGACUUCUCAUUCAAAGGAUGCAAGGGCACUUAUGAUAAGCAAUCUGUCAUCAAGAUGCUAAGCAACAUCCCAGCAGGAACACCUUUCUCCUUUACCAUCAAAUCAGCCAAAUUCAUUGCUACCGGGAGAAUCGAACAUGUAGUCUCUAUCAAUGGAUUCAGUGCAACUCCACUUGAAGCUCAGUUCAUCCUGUGCCCACAGAGAUCUGUCUUGGUCGGUGGAAGUAUUCCGUCUUGUCCUCAAAGACAUUUUCUUGCUGGCGAUAAUUCCAACUUGGUUGCAAAUAAGUUCUUGGAUAGACUACCUCAUUCAAUUGCUUCUCGGGAUUCUGAUAUUAUUUUGGGACUUUUCCGUCCAGACUUCACCUUCAAAGGAUGCGCGGGAACAUAUAAUAAAGCUGAAGCUGUCAAGACAAUCAUGAGUCUACCAGCUGACAAAAAUGCCACUUUCACCCUCAAGACUUCUCAAAACAAGGGAAAAGAUCAGAUCACAAUUAUCUGUACCGUGACCGGGAUCAGUAAAAGCCCAUCAGACAUUGAACUUACUCUGAGCUUAUUGGAUCAACAGUUGGCUGCCGGGACUAUUUUGAGCUGUCCAAAAAGAUCUUUUACUUUUGACCAAGCAUCUGAUGUUAUUAUAAGUGCGUUCCUGGACAAAAUGACGUAUACUCUCGCGACCAAAAGCUCUGCAAAGAUUGGAGAUCUUUUUGCUGAGAGCUUUGUGUUCAAAGGAUGCCGUGCAACUUAUGACAAGCAAGCCAACGUGGAACUUCUAAGCAGUCUUCCUCGUGGAACCCCCUUCUCCUUCACUCUCAAAUCAUCCCACUUCAUCUCGGAGUACAAAAUCGAGUACCUGGUCGCCUUGUCUGGAUUCGGAGUUCCAACUCAUGAUGCCAAGUUUGUAUUCUGCUCCAAGAGACGUGUGUUGAUUAGUGGAGAGAUCCCAGCUUGCCAGCCAAAGCGUUUCUUUGCAUCUUCGAAAGAUAAUUCAGUGGUGACUGUUAAGAAGUUUAUGGGAAAAUUGACGGAUGCGAUUAAAUCGAAAGAUUUGGGGAGCAUCGGAGGGCUUUUCGCAGAUGCUUUUGUUUUCAAAGGGUGCAAGAGUGAUUAUACCAAAGAACAAAUAAUGAAAACCAUCAGUCAACUACCAGCUGGUGCUGACGGAAGGUUCCACUCGGGACUCAAGUCCGCUGAAGAUCAUGGCUCUACCAUCAAAUACGUUGUCGGUGCAACCGGGACAGGAAACAAAGAAGUUCUCGUCGAGUUCUACUUGAACAAACAAAAGCUGCAAUUGGAGAGUGGACUGGUGCCGUCUUGCCAGAAAAAUAACCGGCUGUUCGUUCAUCAUGACUUCCCGGUUGCAUCUUGGGCCAAGAGAAAGUUCUUCGAGUUAAUUGCUCACAAUGAUGGCUCACUGCCUAUUGUGCAAGAAGCUCUCGAGAAGUUGAAGAAGGCUGUUCUUUCUGGACGCAAGGAAAAAAUCGCCAACUUUUUCAAUCAAGAGUUCAAUUUCCAUGGAUGUAAAUCCAGUUAUAACAAGUACGACACUGUUGAGAUGCUCUCGAGAUAUGCAGGAUCUGCUUUUGAAAUGCGGGUCACCUCUUCUCGAUUUGUUGACUAUAACGCUGAAAUCGAGUACACCGUAAUCGUUCAAGGAUUUGGAGUGAAUAAAAUUAUGGCGGACUUCCAUUUGACAAGAAACAUCGGAAGCUUCUGGAGACUUAGCUCAGGAGUAAUGACAAAUUGUGAAGCGCCUAGAACCUUCCUGUCCGGGGAUUCGAGCAGAAUUGCCGGCGAAUAUAUGAUAAAAUUGCAAAGAGCCAUUGAUCUUCGUUCGACUUCCUUAGUUAACGACCUUUUCGCAGACGACUACGUGUUUGAAGCGUGUGGAGGAAAGAUUUUUUAUAAGCAUAACGUCACGGAACUGCUCACCAACUACAGUCUCCGAAGCUCUGUGACCCAUACUUUGAAGUCAGCCCGUUACAUUAACAAUCGAGAAAUUGAUUUCACAGCGGAAUUCGUUGGACUCUACCCAAAGCCAAUAUUGAUCCAAUUUGUGUUGGACUUCCAAAAAGGAGUGGUACUUCAUGGAAAAGCACCAAAUUGUGAAGCUCCAAAAAGUUUCCUAGAUUUUCCUGAAGAGUCGGAUAGAGUUGCAAACAAUAUUUUGAACAAGUUGCAAUACGCAAUCGAUCAUCGUUCGGCUUCAGCGGUUAUGAGCCUUAUCGCUGACGACUACACGUUUCAAGCGUGUGGGGAAAAGUGUUUUCUAAACAAAAAGUCACUGAACUCUUCACCACCUACAAUACUGGAAUCCCAACAUCCCACAACUUGAAGUCAUCACGUUACCUGAACAAUCAAGAAAUUGAAGUCACCGCCGAAUUAAUCGGAAUCUAUCCAACGCCGUUACAAGUUCAAUAGGUGGUAGACUACAAAAAAGAAGUGGUACUUCAUGGAAAAGCACCAAAUUGUGAAGCUCCAAAAAAGUUCCUAGAUAUUCCUGAAGAGUCGGAUAAAGUUGCAAACAAUAUUUUGAACGAGUUGCAAUACGCAAUCGAUCAUCGUUUGGAUUCAGUGGGUUUUCUUAUCGCUGACGACUUCACGUUUCAAGCGUGUGGGGGAAAGGUGUUUUCUAAAAAAAAAUUCACUGAACUCUUCACUACCUACAAUACUGGAAUCCCAACAUCUCACAACUUGAAGUCAUCACGUUACAUGUACAAUAGAGAAGAAAUUGAAGUCACCGCCGAGUUAAUCGGAAUCUAUCCAACGCCGUUACAAGUUCAAUUGGUGGUAGACUACAAAAGAGGAGUGGUUCUUCAUGGAAGAGAACCAAAUUGUGAAAAGUCUAGAAAAUUUUUUGCCGCUCCUGAAGAUGCUGAUAAAGUUGCUGAGGAUUUUUUGAAAUCACUGAAAGAAGCAUUCGAUCUUCGCUUGACACGAAAUAUUGAAGAGCUUAUUGACGAGAGCUUUGUCUUCGAAGGAUGUGAGGGAGAAACUUUCAGAGGCUACAAAAUCGUCCGGCUACUUCGCUAUUACCCAAAGGGAAUCCCGACCUCGUAUAGCUUGAGAACAUCACGUUACCUUGACUAUAAUGUGAUUGAGAUCAUAGUGGAGACAACUGGACUCUUACCAAAACCAUUCCAUGUUCAACUGAUCCUAGACAUCAAGAAGAAUAAAUUGAUUUCCGGACGAUCACCGAAUUGUGAUUUGAAAAAUUUGGUCGACGAAUUGAGAUUAUCUUAUGGAAGUAUUUUCUGAUUGAAUAAAG